AUGGAAGAGGGUCAGGGGCGUCCCGUUCGUCUCCUGUGCCGCACACAAAAUUUCGACUGGUCUGGGAACAGCGACACUGUUGUAACCAAAAUCGACACUCCAAACGGGCACACUCUGAUAAGCCUGAACUCCGAGCGCAGUGUAGAAGAAGCUCCAGAAGCCAUGCUGGAGGCAGCAGUAGACAGCCCAGGCUGCUCUCCUGUUUCAGUGGAACAGAAGCCCUUGGUGAAUAAUGGAUCAGGCGUACUAGAUGGAAACACAAAAGAGUUAACGGUGCACAGAGAAGACAGGGAGCCAUGCUCCUGCUCCUCUCCCUCACCUUCUAGCAGCCCCACUCCCCCUCACUUCAAACGCAAUCCCUACCGCACCAAGACUAGCAUGCAGGGUGAUGUCUACAAUUUCCUAGAGAGACCUGCAGGCCUGAAAUGCUUCCUCUAUCACUUCCUGGUGUUCCUCAUGGUGCUCAUAUGUCUCAUCUUCAGUGUGCUCUCCACCACUGAGCAGUAUGCCGAAUUUGCCACUGGGACACUAUUCUGGAUGGAAAUUGUGCUGGUGGUGUUUUUUGGUACGGAGUAUGCUGUGCGUCUGUGGUCAGCAGGCUGCAGGAGCAAAUAUGUGGGCGUCACAGGCAGACUACGCUUCAUCCGAAAACCCAUCUCCAUCAUUGAUCUGAUAGUGGUGGUUGCCUCUGGUGUAGUACUUAGCGUAGGAUCAAAUGGACAAGUUUUCGCCACCUCUGCAAUAAGGGGAAUCCGCUUCUUACAGAUUUUGCGCAUGCUCCAUGUGGAUCGUCAGGGAGGCACAUGGAGACUACUGGGAUCUGUAGUCUUUAUUCAUCGACAGGAGUUGAUAACGACACUGUAUAUUGGCUUCCUGGGUCUGAUCUUCUCCUCGUAUUUUGUGUAUCUGGCGGAGAAAGACACAGUGGAUGAGGAGGGGAAGACAGGCUUCAUGAGUUAUGCAGAUGCUCUCUGGUGGGGCGUUGUCACUGUGACCACAAUAGGCUAUGGAGACAAAGUUCCUCAGACCUGGAUAGGGAAGACCAUUGCCUCCUGUUUUAGUGUGUUUGCUAUCUCCUUCUUUGCUCUGCCAGCGGGUAUUCUGGGUUCAGGAUUUGCGCUGAAGGUGCAGCAGAAACAGAGACAGAAGCAUUUCAAUCGUCAAAUCCCAGCUGCUGCAUCACUAAUACAGACGUUGUGGCGAUGUUACGCAUGUGAGAAGCCCAAUGGCUGUCCAGCUACAUGGAAAAUAUACGUGCUGAUGGGUGACUACAUCCCAGUUAUAAACUCUGAGAACUCCAGUCCUGGAAACUUCAGAAAAGUUAGACUGUCUAUAGUAAGUCACUGUAAUGUAAACCUCUACACACUGCUGUAUGAACAGAACAGACGAUACAGGCGGAGGCUGAAGUCCACACGCGAUAAUGGUUCUCUGGGAACUUCAGGAGAAAAAUCUUUGUCUAUACCUCAGAUCACUUAUGACCAUAUAGACGACAAGGAGGACAAGCGAGAGGUGCCUUUCUUCUUAGAGGAAUCUACAGGCAUCACGAAGAUCUUCAGACAGACAGGUGAGCCUCAUAUCUCACACUCAUGGCCUUCUUUCAAUCUGACCUGUCCUGCUUCUCCAGUUAGAAAAAAGCUGGAGGGACCUCCUGAUAUCUCACCCACCAGCAGCCUAGUGGAUGACAUGGACUUUGCCAGUGAAUAUAUCCCACUCCCCAUGGUGACAGAUGCUUCACAGCUUACCCAUGUGCAUCGACAUGCAAUCAAGGUCAUAAGGAGGAUGCAGUAUUUCGUAGCUAGACGGAAAUUUCAGCAAGCGAGGAAACCCUACGACGUGAGAGACGUGAUCGAGCAGUAUUCCCAGGGCCACCUGAACAUGAUGGUCCGCAUUAAAGAGCUCCAGAGACGGAUGGAUCACACAUUGGGAAAGCCAGGAAUGUUCCUGCCAGAAAAAGGCAUGGAGAAAGAGUACUGCACUAUUGGAGCCAGGUUAACCAGACUGGAAGAUAGGGUGGUUCAGAUGGACCACAAACUGGAGAGUGUCCUGAAGAUCCUGAUGGAUCAGUUCCAACUCGAACCAGAGCUGCUUCAGAAACCAAGCCACUGCAGCUCCCGCUUAAUGAAACGCCAGAGUGGCAGCAUGAAGAAAGGACAAUGAGAGCAACAGAAAGCAGGCAAGAUUGGAAGACAUCUUUUAAUAAGGAAUGUGGAAACUGUAAUGUCCAUAUGGAAACUUGAUAAUAAACCGGCCAAGCUAGCAAGAGAGUUUCGCUUCCAAUGUGUCUUCCAAAGACAACAUGCAAUGUGUUCAACACUUUACUAGCUUGCAGCAUAGGGAAGUCAUUCAGAGUUCCCUCCUUAUUUGAUUUCCAUCACUUUAGUUAUUAAAGAUGGAUAGCUGAAAAUCCUGCUAUUUUGGAAGAAGAAAAAUCUCUGAUUCAAAAUAUGCUACAUGGACUCAUGUCAAGAGAACGAUUGUGAUCUUAAACUACUGCAGCACAAGGGGAGAGUGAUAGAGUUUAUUCAUCCCACAUGUUAAUGUGCACGUUAGUAAGUGUGAACACGUUUUGCAUGAGUUAGAUUCACCACUGAUAAAUAGAUAUGGCAGAGAUAAUCAAAACAGCGAAACGCUGCUGAUGGGGUUUAAUGGACUUAAAUGGAAUGUAAGAAAGGAAGAGGGAGAGCUGUUUGAGGUUGUGGACUCAGUAAGCAGUGCCAAGGCUUUCAACAGCCUAUUCAUUUUACAAUUUCACCGGAUUACUCCCAUUAAGUAUGUGAUUAUUUUUUCUCGCUCUAGCUAUUUGAAUGCAAAACUUCUGGUAAAGGUGAGGUGGCUAGAUGCCAGAUGCCAGCAUUUGAUGAAAGGAAAAUACAGUAAAAAGUAGAUUUGCUUUCAGUAACCGCAAGCAGAAAUAACAGAGUGAGGGAGAACAGAGAGAUAAGGUGCUUGCACUCCAUUCACAAGUCACGCUCAUCUGUUGGCACCUUGCCUGGCACAGAACAAAUAGGUCUGUGGUUUUGCUUUUUAAUGUGUUAAUUAAACAUGUUCUUUUAUCACAGGGUUCAUAGAGAGAAGAGAGCUCGAAGAAGGCGAAAGUUAGUGUAAGAGGAGCGUUUUUUCUUUUUCUUUUAGGCUUUUUUUUCCAGAUCACUCAUGAAAAUAAAUGAGAGCACAAUUCAAACUGUGAUUAUCUCACACUGCUCUGUAUUGUUUUAUAACUAAUGUACAUAAUGUAGCAUUGGCUCAUUACAUUUCUGCCAUGACUAUCACCAGGAUCUAUUAAUGUAAGAAGAA